UCUGUUUUUUUUUUAGAGGACCCCUCUCUUCUCAGUUCUCCCUCUCGUGCUCGCGGAUAAUUUCGCCCGCCUCGCCUCGUCUCGCCUCUCCUCUUCUCCACUGAACCGAGCCGAGUUCCGCAAAUCCGAUCCAUCUCCAUCCAGCAAAACCCUAACCCGCCGUCGCCUCCCUCUCCACUCCCCUCUCCCCCUCCCGCCCUCUCCCUCCCCGCGCGCGCCGUCGCCGCAGAUCGGGGGGCUCCGGAGAUCGGAUUUUCCUUCUUUUUUUUUUCCUUUUGUUCGGCUGCUGCGGUGCGCGACGACGAUGGCGGGCGGAGGGAGCAGGCGCGGCGGCGCGGCGGAGGAGCCGAGGAUCGGCAGCGGCAACGUCUUUGCGGCGCUCGAGACGCUCAAGAAGAAGAAGAAGAAGCCGGCGGCGGCGGGCAAGGGGGCCAAGCCCGCCGCGGCCAGGGGGGAGGAGGAGGAGCCGCCCAGGCCGGAGCUCUUCUGGGCGCCCGCGCCCCUCACUGCCAAGUCCUGGGCCGACGUCGAGGACGACGACGACGACGACUACUUCGCCACCACCGCGCCGCCGCCCAGGCCCGUCUGGGGGGCCGACCGCCGCGGCGACGCCAAGGACCAGCGCCACGACGCACCCGCCCUGGAAGAGGAGGUUGAGAGUGAAGAUGAUGGCCUUGAUGAUGAGGUCGAGGAUGAUGCUGAUGAGGAACAUGAGCAUGAAGCAGAAAAUGCCGUCCCUGCUGAACCAACCGUGAACAAUGCUCCAGCUCCACCUGCACCAUCCAAAGAUACUGAAAGACAACUUUCCAAGAAGGAAUUGAAGAAAAAAGAGCUUGCAGAGCUUGAUGCUGUUUUGGCUGAGCUGGGACUUGGCACAUCAACCAAUUCCACUCAAGAUGAAUCAAAUGGUAAGAAAGGUGCAGAUCAAGUCACCAAUGGAGAGAAAAAGGAAGAUGCACCUGCUCCUCCAGAGAGUAAGAGCUCAAAGAAGAAGAAAUCUAAGAAAGACAAGUCUUCAAAGGAGUCAAAGGAAGCACAGGAUCAGGCCAAUGGGUCGGAAGAAGCAGCUGGUGCAGAACCUGAUGAAGAUACAGCUUCAGUGGACGUCAAGGAGCGCAUAAAGAAGGUAGCUUCCAUGAAGAAAAAGAAGUCAAGCAAGGAGAUGGAUGCAGCGGCUAAAAUCGCCGCGUCCGAAGCCGCAGCAAGGAGCGCCAGGUUUGCCGCAGCAAAGAAGAAAGAAAAGAGCCAUUACAACCAGCAGCCUCUGCGGUGAACUGCCCUGAUUUUGGAUCUCUAGAAAACUUUUGAGCUCUGAUAUCCCCUUGUUCGUUUUCGACUCCGCAAUAAGUUUUGAGAUGCCGUGUUUAUGGCUUAGUGAGGUGUCAUCUGAUGCUCGCUUUGUGAAUUAUAUUAGGUAUAGGGGGCCUAAUUGUCGCUGGAUUCUGGAUGAUGGUGUAAAUGGGCUCAGAAAUGUUCGUCAUAGGAACCUUGCUGACUAUAUGGAAAAUAUGGGAUAUUGGAUACCUAUCUGGUUUAGAUGUCUGUAAACUGUU